UAGCUUUAUUUUAGCUGAUAAUACUCUAACAGAUGGAGCAGUAGAUUGCAUGAAUUAUUCUCCACGGGGCUUCAGAUAAUGCCCUGAAAUUAAUUCUUGAAAACAAUAUACCAUAUUGAUUUUUUCAACAUGACGUUAACGGUGGAAAUAGAGUAUAAAUAAGUAUUCGAUCACUGGCUUUCCUAUUUGGGCGCGACGAUAAUCUCUCACGCAGAGUCCAAGUGUUGCUGGCAAUUGCAUCCCACCGCGAUUGGCCUUAUCUCCCACGUUAUUCGCGUCUUAUCAAUAUCCAGGGCUGUAAAAAUAUCAAACGAAGAAUCAAAAAAAUCAGAGAAUAAGGCGCUAGAAAAUGACCUCCUUCGUGAGUCAAUUUUGUUAAUGUUUAUUUUCCAUCGGAAUAAAUAAUGGAAUGAUUGUACCGUGACUGUGUGUGGCCAUUUCCUGUCCCACGUUCCGACCGUACAAAGAACACGUCUGUACAGUCAGUCUGACAAGUACUGUCCCCACUCUGUUCAUUUUCCAUUCACAUUGGUGUCUCCCACUGCUGGACACUGGGGGAACGAACUCGUCAGUUCGCCUGUACCAUCGCCACAAAAGAAGUAUGGGGGCUGGCUACCCCCACCGUCUGGAAUUUAACCUCGACUCGAUGUACCCCACCACACGGAUCCAAGUUCCUUCUUUCCUGGCGACGAUUAUACGAGUACAUAUUUGAUACCCAGUCGUAUGUACGUGUGGGAUUUGUAAUACCAUACACAGGGAUCGGUUUAUCUCUCUUUUAAAAUCCCACCGUCUCCUUCCUUUCCUCUACUCUCUCACUCUUGGCCGCCAUUCGACCCACACUGUUGCCACGCGGGAUCGCGACGCGAGAAUGAAAUGCGAUGAAAAAAAAAAAAUAACACCCAACGGAGAAGGAAAAAGAAAGAAUUUUUGCUACGUGAAGGCAUAUGUGAAAGUUGAGAUUUGAAUUGGAAGAGGAAAUAAUGAGGUACAUGAGUCAUUUUCGCUGCCAGGAAGUUACGGUCAAUUCAUCCACGGGGAAAUUCGGUAUUCAGCAGGAAAAAGCCAAAAGUACAAGAAUGACACGCGAUAGUCUAUCAGCCAUGUUUAUUUUGCCUGAAACUGGUAAAGGCUGGGAAAUUCUGAUAAUUGAUAAAUUUGGAGAAAACUCGUGGAAAGUAGCCAGGAAAUAAUACAGAAAUGAUGGAUUGUAUAGGCCACAGAAGGGAUACGCUGAUAAGGGAUAAUUUAACGCCACUGAAAUCAUCAGACAACCUUCGACUACAGGGACAGUGUCCAAGUCCACCAACAGUGAACAAUCAGAAUCAAGUUGAUGAGACGGACAACAUCGAUUAUCGAUUGGAAGCAGCGAGACUAGCGAGCUAUCGAAAUUGGCCAGCCACUUUCAUGGACACUAGUAAAUUAGCAGCUGCUGGAUUUUAUUAUACUGGUGAAACAGAUCGUGUUAAAUGUUUUGAGUGUGGUAUUGAGAUAUUCCAGUGGGUCGAGGGUGAUAAUCCAAUGUCGGAUCAUCGACGCUGGAGGUCGACGUGUAAAUUUAUACGAAAACAGCCGUGUGGUAAUGUACCAAUUGGUGUUGAUCCCAAUACAGUGCCAGUGCCACCACCGAGGAGUAGAGAUGUUUGUGGACGUUAUGGUGAAGAUUAUCGGCCAAACACAUCACCAGAUUUUCGCAGUGGACCGACUGAAUUCCAAUUUCCAAGUACAGCUAGAUUAGGAAGUCUGGGCUUGGCCAAACCCAAGGGGCCAACACAUCCUGAAUUUGCUAGCCACGAUGCCAGGCUGAGGACGUUCGAUAAUUGGCCCAAAUCUAUGCCACAGACGAAGGAAGAGCUGGCUGAUGCUGGAUUUUAUUACACUGGACGAGGGGAUGAGACGCAGUGCUACAUGUGUGGGGGUGGACUCAAGGAUUGGGAGCCCAAGGAUACUCCCUGGGAGCAACAUGCCAAGUGGUUCAGCAAGUGCUAUUAUGUGCUGCUGAUCAAGGGACAGGCGUUCAUUGACAGUGUCAACGGACAGUGUGUACCACCACCUACGAGAGAGGAAACACUUCAGAUGGAUUUGCCUAGCUUCAUUGAGAAGGUCAAACCGCCUCCGCAAGCAGAGGCAGAGGGAAAGGGCGAGGCUGAGGGCGAGGCUGCCAAGGAGCCAGCUUCAGGGAUAGCGUCGUCAUCGCGUCCCAAUUCGCCGCCCAAAAGUAAAAAUGCUGAUGACGCGAGGAUGUGCAAAAUUUGCUACAACGAGGAAUUAGGUGUUGUGUUUUUACCCUGUAGACACAUGGUCGCUUGUGUCAAGUGUGCACCCGGUAUGACAUCUUGCGCUGUGUGCCGCGAACCGGUUACAAUGACCGUUCGUGCGAUAAUCUCUUAGUACUGAGAAGCGUGAGGAUUUUUCGCUCCCAAAUUUUUCCAUUCUGUUUCGACGCAAGUGGAAGAGAGAAGAUGUUCAAAUCUCCGACGAUAUAAAGUAAUACGCAAAGUUUGUGGAUCAUCUUUUCAAUGCGAUAAUUAAAUUAAUUAAUGGAAAUUUUCUAAACACCUACACUCAUUUGGGUAUGACUUUGCGCCUGGUAAAUGACAUGACUCAUGGGACAUAUCGCUAUCAGGCACUGUUUCAGGGGCUAUUUAAUGGUAAUUGGAUUCCAUUGUCUUGACGUCAGCCGUCUAGAGUGGUAAUUCAAUGAUGCAAGGCUUUACAAUUGAGAAGACAAUUUUUUCACUGUUUGAUUUUUUUUAUGCAUUAUUACUACCGGAUCAUGAUUACUCCUGAUGGAAAAUCCAAUUUUCAUUACACCCGGAACCGUACCUGAUUCUCGAUAAAUUGCUAUUUUUAUGAUAGAGUAAAAAUUGGCUGUCACUCUCUCCGCAGCAAAUAACAAAAUGGCCAGAAAUGAAAAAUUUAUGAUGAAAAAAAAAAAGAUGAGAAAUGUGAAAAUGUAGAGAAAAAAAUAGCAAAAAGCGUCAUGACGUCUAGUCGUUUCAGUAUACCGCGUUUGCGUUGAAGUUAAAAUAAAGGACGUGAAAGUAUAUGAAAUUUUACUUGCGUUUUAAUUCUAACUUUCUUACGAUAUAAAAACAAUGCAAAUUUAAAAGAAUUAAUAAUUGUUUAAAGUGUUCUAUAAUAAAAAGGUAAAACGAUGUAAAAAUAUGUAUUACUAAUUAGAAAGAAAAAUAGUUUUCAUAACAAAUUAAUGGUCACAGUUGACGGGCUUUUUAAACACUCUGUGAAGCAUUUUCUACCAAUUUUUUUUAGAGUAUUUUAAUCCGUCAAAUUCACAUUGUCAAAGUUUCAAGAUGAAGAGCAAGAUUAUAAAAUACUUUAUGGAUGCAUUGACGUACAUGAAGCAUAUGGAACUGACAACGCAGUUCCAUUUUUAAUAAAAGGCAGAUGUAAGUCACGGAGCAGACGAGUCUCUGCCUGUUACAAAAGCACCACUCACGCAUUGACAGCUGAAAUUUAUGGAACCGACCAUUCGUUUUCCCCUAUGCACUACUUCGCGUAUAAAAAAUUACAUUCAGCUCAAAUGCCCCGAAAAUUGAGUUGCAUGAUUUUUUUUUAUAUAGAAAACUAAUGGAAUAAUGAAAUUUUAUGGAAAACAUUAGAUACGUAUUUUUUUAUGUUGAAAAAACUGAUAAAUCAGGAAGUUUUAGUCGAUAUCAUAAGAUAGGCAUUUUUUAUCACCUAUGAUACGCUCAUUUCUCAUUUUUUUAAAUAAAAAAAUCCGUAUCUAAUAUUUUUCAUUGGACUUUCAAUUCAAAGGUAGAAGUUUAGAAGCAGUUGUUGCGGAGCUGGGGAAUUUCAGCAGCGGUUUCUGAAUGAAAUAAACUGAAAUAUAAUGCACUGCAAUCAUACAAGAUUCAUUUAUUUUAGAAUUUAACGGGUUUAUCGGUUGGGCUACAAAAAUUAUUAAAUUUGAUUUCUCUGCUCACUACCGAUUUAAACAGUGAACUCAUAAAAUAGGACGUGUUAUGCGCCCGUGGGAAAAGUAUUUCUUUGCGCACUAGUACCGCAAUACACCAUUUUUCAAUUUCACAUGGCACGUAACUGCUCUCGGGUGAUAUUAACGCAGUAGUUAACACUUGUCAGGUCCAAAGGAUUCUUCACUUAGAGAACUAAAAUUGGCUCCAAAGUUUUGCGAAUUGAUUCUAUUUUUAAAAUUUUUUUCUUUUAAUUUCUAGUGUGCCUUGUCUCCUGAUCGUUCGAUAUCCAAUAGACCUUUAUCCUCUGCUCUGUCCGAACAGACAAGGAUAUACGGGAUUACAAUGCCCCCUCUUGCAAGUGAAGAAAUUCAAUACAAAGAUAGUAACAAUGCAAAUUGAGGAUUGUCUCAGCUCAUGAUGAGCAAGGGUUCUAUUUAAAUAUUAUUGAGAUAAGCCAAAUUCUUAAUUUCAAUAUUUUUUCUAUUUUUCAUUGAGUACAUUAAGGAACUAUUCCUGGGUCGGAUUUCGUAUGUGAAUUCCAUAAAUUAUGCUAGUGAUAGAAAAUUUACGCGAAAAUUGAUUUUUCCACACAUCCCCACUGAAAGUGCAGGUGUGUGAAGAAAUUCUAAAACUAAGAGCACAAGUCCACUGAUCGGGAGGAAAAUUGAAAUUUUUAUGUGGUCAUUUCCCGGUAUUAGGACUUUUUUAAAAAUUAUUCUUUCGUAAAUAUACAUUAGAAACUCAUGCCUUUAUUAUACAAACGUGCGCAGUAAGUCGUAGGUUUAAGGCACGAUUCUACCAAGCCCUGUUGAAAAGAAAAACCUUAGCUAAUCAUCGAGCGACGUGGCAAACCAAUCUGCUGAUAAUUUUUUAUCGAACGUUAUUGGGAAUUUUUUCACCAAAUUUACAAGGGUUUAUCGAGGUCUGGCCACUAUUUGCUGAUAAUAUCACUAAUUAUUGAGUACUUAGUAGAUAUUCACAAACGAAUGAGUGACUAAGACCAAUGACAUAAUUUAGUUCGAAGAAUUUGAGUGGAAUAAAAUAAUGCAUUGCAAAUAGGGCUUGGUGGAGUCGCCCCUGUGUUUAACAAGAUAAGUUUUCGCGAAGGAAAACCUGAUAUGAAGGAUGACGAUGAUAAUAUCAGUAUUUUUCAUGGCAAUAUAUUCUACUGUUCUUCAAACAGAAUGUGAUCUAUUUCAUUUAUAUUUCCAUUUAUUUUCAGUUUUAUUUCUUUAUGAAAUUGUAAUAAAUUGUUUUUCAAUUGGGAGGGCGAUCCGAUUUGAUCUCGAUGAAACGAAGAGGAGCGAACGUACCAUAUCAGACAUAUUUUCGAGAAACUCAGUGGAUUGUGGAUAAUGAGUCGUUUCACAGUGUUAUUGUAAAAUUAUGUAAACUAAUGUUGAAUGGACGUGGAAGAGUGUUCCACGUUUACAGAAAAUCGGGUCGCGCUUCGUAAAGGGCAAGAUGUUAAAUUCACGUUUAUGUACAAAAUCGACUGUCUCAACAUCUCUUUUCGAUUAUAAAAUACAACAACAAGUGUCAUUGUAUUUAUCAUUUAUAUCAACCGUACGGAUGUACGCACUGAUAAUAUACAUUAAUAUAAUAUAAUAUACAUUAAUAUUGAAUAAACGGAAGGAAAAUCAUUA